AUGCAGCAGCAACAGGCUUCAACCCCCUCUCCUCUCCCUUCUUCCCCUUCUUCCCCUUCCCCUUCCCCUUCACAUCCACCAAAUCCCUCCCUCCUCUCCCCUUCCCCUUCCCCUCCACCUCCUCCCUCUCCUCCUCCUCUUCCUCCCCACCCUCGUCCUUCCCCUCCUCCUUCUCCCUGCCAGAGUCGACGAAUCAAUGUGUUCGGAUCCUCCCAGCGAUUCUCCCCUAGCAGAAACACCCGCCUCUCUCCCAUCUCUAGAUCACUCCUAGCAUAUCUUUCAAUCUCCCGCUUCUCCCGGGUGGCAGGGGGGGCGCGGGGGGACGCUGAUUCUAGGGAGGGUGUUGAGGAGGAAGGCUUGGGUGAAGGCUUUGCGGGAGGUUCGGGAGUUGGUUCGGGGGUUGGUUCGGUGGAUGGUUCGGCGGCUGGUUCGGGAUUGCCAACGAGGAGAGAGAAGAGGCCCGGUGUGACAGCACCGUCUUCUUGA